AAAAAGGAGAAAAUGAACUAAUUGAAAAACUAAAAUUAUUUGCUUGUUUCUCAAUGUUAUUGCAUAUUAGGGUGUUAUUUGGUCGACAUAGUAAAGUACAAAGAUCUGGUUGCCAUGGGGUCCACAAACUUUGUUUUAUCAAAGAUGAUCCAGGAUUCUGUUCUCAAAAUGUGUGCAGAGAAUAUGGAAUUUUCACAGUCAUUAGAAAUUGAUGGAAUCAUAUGUGUAUCAAAUGGAAGCAUUCAGAAUGAUGUGGUCAUCAAAAUGCAUCGAACAGUUGUGAAACCAGCUCAGCCACCAGCCUCUAUUGCAUCAUGGGAAGGUGAUCAGUAUGAAAUGAUUGACUCGACUUUGGAAAGGAAUUCCGUUGAGAUAUACCAUGACACACCUCAAACAGACCAUGACACACCUCAAACUAGCUCCCAAAGUAAUCCUGUGAUGCCGGAAUCUAUUUGUAAAGGUGUGACAGUGAAGACACCCAGAGGAGCAGCAAUAGGACAUCAACCCUUAGGUAUCCAUGGCAACAGCCUUUCCAGCCAAGUGCCUAUGUACAUAUCAAGUGAUGUCUCCAAAAAGCACAAGAAAAAACCACAUCCCCUGGACCAGCCUCCUGCAAAUGGGAAUUUAUAUAAAUGUGUGAAACAAGAGAUUAAAGAGGAGAAGGAGGAUGUGCUUGAUGAUGGAUAUGGAGGGGUAGGGGCGGAGGAGGAAAACAACUGGAUGAGAGAAGAGGACUUGUUGGGAACAAUACAGGGACUUUCCAAAAAAAUAAAUGAAGACUCAGCCUUAAUGAACUGGAGUAACAACCAACCAAUGACAACAACAGUUAAACAUAAAUCACAAAGGAAACGCUAUAGCAAUAGUCUUAGUGGAAGCCCAUUUCCAGAUAAACCAUUCAAGUGUGAACUUUGCCUUAAAACAUUUGCAAUAAGAUAUGACCUUAAGAAACAUUCCCGAAUUCACACAGGAGAGAAGCCAUACACAUGUAAAUCGUGUUCUAAGACAUUUACACAAUCUUCUAGUUUGUACUUACACAUGAGGAAUGUACAUAAAGAGAAGUCAUUCCGAAGAUCACCAAAAGUAUCCCGGAAUGUGGAGGGCUUGCAUUCCUCAGAUAUAAGACUUACACCCAAAUGUUCAAUAAAAGAUGAGAUACUGCAUGAUGCUCAGGAUAGCAGUAAUUUGAUAGAGUCAUUCAGAGAGUCACCAAAAGUUUCUCAGAAUGUUGAAGGCUUGCAUUCCUCAGAUGUAAAUGUUGUUAAUGAUAACAAUGACGCUAAAAGUGCAUCAUGAUGGCUGAGGUUCAUCAUCGGAUGCAAUACUACAUUCAUCAUUCAAAUAUGAAGUAUUCAGUGAUCAGGGACUUUUUUGAAAACUCCUCUCAAAAUGUGUACUUAUGGUGGACAGUAAGCAUUGGUAUUUAUAAUCUCAUUUGUAAGUGCUACCAGAUGUGGACAUUCUACCAUGUUAUCAUCGAAUUAUUGUGUACUAUCUUUACAAAAAAUCCAAAAUGGGAUAUUUUUAAAUAUAGGCUGAAAUCAGACAAUCAAUAGAACUGAAGUUGGGAAUGCCCAGUUGCCCUCGGAAAAUAAAUGAAAUUGUGAAGCCCUCAUUUAUUUUCAAUUUAGAUCUGUUUUAAGAAAAAUGUUGCAUUUACUAAAAUUCCAUUACUUUUAGUUCCAUUAACAUUUCAAAACCUCAAGUCCAAAC